CCUGGGAUACGGGAUGGGUAAGGAGAGAGGAUAGAGAAGGGGUGAACUCUGGCCAGAAUAAGGUUACACUCAGGUGAGUGAUAAGAUAGACAAAGGAGGGACUCAACAUGGAGGGGAUGAGGACACACAUAGGGGAGAAAGGAGAGUGAUGUUGGAGGAUGGAAGCACAAAAUAGAAAAAAAUGAGGACAUGGGGGAGGUGGGGAAGGGGACUUGGAGGGGACUAGACACAAAAAGAGAGGAUAGAGGCAUAGAGGCAUGAGAACGCAAAGGAGUUGGCGAUGUCAGGGAGAGGAGACAGAACAGAGAGAAGCAACAGGGACAGAAUGAAGGAAGAUAGGGAUACAAGGUGAGGGGGAAAGGGUCACAGAAUUAGGGGGUGGGGGUCAAGGUGUGUGUGGGUACCCAGAGGGGGAAGGGAUGAGACUUAGGGCAAGGAAAAGAGACAACAGGAUAAGGACGUGGUGAUUAGCUGGUAUAACUCAUCGUCAAGUUGAUUCCAACUCAUGGCACUCCAUGUAUUACACAGUAGAACUGCUCCAUAGGGUUCUCUUGGCUAUAAUCUUUACGGAAGUAGAUCACCAGGCUUUUAUUUUGCAGUGCAGCUGGGUGGGUUCAAACUGCAAACCUUUAGGUCAGUAGACAAGCACAAAACUUUUGUGCCACCCAGGGACCCUUAUUUCUCAAUUGAACAUUGUGUGCUCUCUCUUCCCAGCGACCCUAACCCUCCAUUUGACUGUCCCUCCUAAGAGAGAUGACACCAGCCAGAGCAGGAUUCUGGCCCCUGCUGCUCCUGCUGCUGGGGCUGUGGGUAGCCAAUGUCCCAGUCAGUGCCAAACCAAAGGACAAGACUCCAGCUCAGUGGUUUGAAAUUCAGCACGUGCAGCCUCACCCUCGAGGAUGCAAUGCUGCGAUGGGCAGCAUCAACAAGGACAAAAAACACUGCAAAGGUCUCAACACCUUCCUGCACGAUUCCUUCUCCAGUGUGGCCACCACCUGCAAGAACCCCACCAUAGCCUGCAAGAACCAUCGAAAAAACUGCCACAAGAGCCGAGGGCCUGUGUCCCUGACCAUCUGUGUGCACACCUCGGGGAAGUACCCCAACUGCAAGUACAAAGAGCAAAGCAAGAAAGCAUCCUACAUAGUGGCCUGUGACCCUCCCCAGAAAAGUGACUCUGGGCACUUCCAGCUGGUUCCUGUGCACUUGGACAAAGUCUUUUAGGCUUCUAGUUCUCCUUACUCCUUGGCUGUGCCUUUAUUCCCUCUCCAAGCCUUUGCACCAU